AUGUCUGCCUCUCUCCCUGGCAGUCGGGACCUGCCCGCGUCGCAAUAUGACCUGAAGACCUACUGGGGUCGCGUGCGCCAUGCCGCCGACAUAGCUGAUCCUCGGACCCUGUUCGUUUCGUCCACCGGUCUUGAAAGCGCCAAGAGCCUCAUUGCUUCUUACAAGCAGAACCGCAUCCCGGCCAUGACACCGGAGUUGUGGUCAGCGAAGAAGGUGGUUGAUGCGACAUUGCACCCUGAUACCGGAACUCCCGUUUUCCUGCCAUUCCGCAUGUCCGCCUACGUGCUCUCGAACUUGGUCGUCACAGCAGGCAUGUUGACCCCAGGAUUGCAGACAACCGGCACUCUCCUCUGGCAAAUCGGUAACCAAUCCCUCAACGUCGCCGUCAACAACGCCAACGCCAACAAAUCUACCCCCCUCUCCUUGUCGCAAAUCGGCAAGUCAUACCUCAUGGCCGUCUCAGCCUCCUGCUCCGUCGCAGUUGGUCUGAACGCCCUCGUCCCCGCCUCAAAAGCCGCCUCCGCCUUGAACGUCUUCCUCAUGCGAGGCGAGGAGAUUCGUCAGGGUAUUGAUGUCUACCCCGUCCUGUCAGAGGCUGAGCGUGCCAAGCGCGAACUCAACGAGGACGCCGAGCCAAUUCAGAGUCUCGGAAAGAGCAAGAAGGCUGCUACUCUUGCCGUCGGUGAGACGGCUAUCUCCCGUGUCCUGAACGCUACACCUAUCAUGGUCCUACCCCCACUUAUCCUCGUUCGUCUCGAGAAGACGAACUGGCUGCGUGCCCGUCCCCGCAUGGUUAUGCCUAUUAACUUGGCGCUUAUUCUGGGUACUUCGAUCUUUGCGCUGCCACUUGCGCUCGCUGCGUUCCCGUCUCGCCAGGCGAUUAGUGUUAAUAGCCUUGAGGAGGAGUUCCAGGGUCGUGGCGGUGAUCAGGGUAUGGUGGAGUUCAAUCGCGGAAUGUAA